GUUAAAUUUGAAUGCAUGUUUUUUGGGAAAGUAAUGGUGAAGAUGUUGCUGGUCUGUGUCCUCCUUAUAAGCCUAAUGAUUGUGGCUUCUGGAUCUAGUUCAAUUGGUUCAAAUUCCGAAUCGUUAAUGUCCUGUUCAAAAUUUCAUUUUGAAGAAAAGGUUUUAGAAAAACUUGUACGUUUGGAACAUAAAAUGGACUUGAAUAAAGAAAAGUUGAAAAAGUGGGAAAAAACAUUUUCCUAUAAAUUGGAAAAAAUGGAUGAAGCCAUUAAACAAACAGAGAUAUUUGUAAAGUCAAUGCGAGAUAUCCAAUUACAGGAACAAUUACGACAUAACGAUUCAUACCACGAAAUUGUCGAACGCUUUAAGAUUCAAUCGAAAAAUGAAACUGAAUAUCACGGAGAACAGAUAAAUACUAUGUUAGAAUCUCUGUCUUCGAAAAUAGAAGAAUUAAUUGUCGCCGAAAAAAACAGAAACAAUGCUAUGGAAUUAAUGCAGAAUACUCUUCACCAAGAGCAAAAGCGAUUUAAUCAAUCAUUUGAUCUCACCUUGCAAAACUUCCGACUCUCCUCCAAUGGAACAGUUCACCAACUGAUUGAAAAGCAGCAGAAAGAUUACGAGGCAUUGGUGAAAAAACAAAGCACUGUGGCAUUCUCGGCUUAUACAACACAUUCACAGUAUUUUUCAAGUCGUACAAAUGUCAAGUUUGAGAAGGUCUGGACUAACAUAGGGAAUGGAUAUGAUCCAAGUACCGGGAUAUUUACUGCUCCACGGCAAGGCGUCUAUCAUAUUUCCGCAGCUGUUAUAUCUGCGAAUGGUAAAAGCCUUUAUCUCCAGGUCAAACACAACAGUGAAUAUACAGCAGGAAGUUAUGUAACGGGCGAUGGCCAUAAGACCGGAACAUUUGAUGUUGUAUUUAGUCUACAGAAAGGUGACAAAAUAUCUGUUGAAAAUAUGGGAGGUUAUACUGUGUACAGUAACACUAAUAGAUAUACUACAUUUUCUGGACAUCGUAUCGUAUAACAUGAUGCAGCUGGACCUUUCUUGAUACAGUUUUUCCCAAUUGAGUAAUAAUAUGUAUAUGUAAUAUACAUAUAGUACGCUGA